AUGAUUACCUUUGGCAAUUAUGGAUCCAUUGGAUUAACAAUUAGAAUCAUUUUCUCUCAAAUUGGUCUAUUUGGUUUCUUCUGGUUAACAUGUUAUGGAAUCGCACCCGAAUCAUCAUCGCCUUGGAAUGGAUUAGUUUUUGGAUUUCUGGCCAUUUUUCUGACCGCUUACAUCGCUGGUCAGUUAUGUAGUCUGGUUCGUGUUCCUCCCUUGGUGGGUAUGCUAAUUGCUGGAAUUUGUUUAUCCAAUUUAACCUCAAUCACUUUGGAUCCUUUGGUCUCAUCAUUUGCUCGUAAUUUGGCUCUGGCCGUUAUCUUGCUUCGAGCCGGUGUUUCCCUUGACCCUUUGGCACUUCGUAAAUUGUCGCUGGUCUGUUUAAGAUUAGCGUUUACUCCAUGUAUUGUGGAAGCGUUGAUUCUGGCGGUGGGAACUUAUUUACUUCUUCAUUUACCCUUCUUGUGGUGUAUGGUUCUUGGUUUCGUUUGCGUCGCCACUUCCCCGGCGGUUAUCGUACCCUCCAUGAUAAGCAUUCAAGAUGAAGGGUAUGGCACCGAUAAAGGGAUUCCCACUCUGAUCAUGGGGGGAUCAUCGGUGGACGAUGUCAUGGCAAUCACUGGAUUCGAGAUUUUCUUAAGUUUAGUAACAUCUUCGUCCUCUUCAAUACUCUCAACGCUUGCUGGUCCAGCAGAAGCGAUCGGAGGAUUGAUCUUGGGCACAGGAUUAGGACUCUUGUUUUGGAUUCUUCCACCUUCCAUUUCAAAUCCUGAUGAUAUUGAAAAUAAAUCAUUCUAUGGACGGAUUAGAUUUUUUUUCCUUCUUCUAACUGGAAUCAGUUUCAUCUUCACGACUAAAGUUUUAGGCUGUGAAUCGAUGGGCCCCCUUGGAACCUUAUCAAUGGCCUUUGUUGCCGCUCUUCGUUGGCGAUCAGAAGGUUAUAUUGACGAUAUAACAAUUAAUUUACGAGAUAUUUGGUUCUUUGCUGAAAUCUUUUUAUUUAGUCUAAUUGGUUACGAAGUCAAAUUUUCUUCUCUACAAUCAAAUACCGUUCUAUGGUCAUUAGUUUGUCUCUUCAUUGGUAUGAUAUCAAGAACCAUUGUUUCAUUUGGUGUUGUUCUUGGAGCAGGAUUAACAAUUAAAGAACGAUUUUUCAUCGCAAUGGCCUGGCUGCCCAAAGGAACAGUUCAAGCGGCAAUCGGUUCGAUCCCAUUGGAAUUGGCUCGAGCUAAACAAGACGAGACCCAAAUUCAAUAUGGACUAACAAUAUUAACUUUUGCGGUGCUUUCGAUAAUUAUAUCGGCUCCUUUAGGUGCUUAUUUGAUUUCGUUUUUUGGUCCAAAACUUUUGGUCAAAUCGUCAAAUGAUCAACAAUUUCGGAUUGAUGUUAUUGAGUGCCUUUCAAUUUAA